UUUUUUUUGCGCUUCCGCGUACACACUCGCCGUGCAUACACACACACACACACACACACACACAGUUGAACCACAGAGCCCACUCAAUGACAAAGGACAUCACCGCCGCGAAAAAGAUUCUGGCCAAAACGACACUACCCCUACUCUACGCCCUCCCUUUGGCGGAUGACGGCUCGCCUGAUAAUGCCAAGACCUACGUUCGAAUCCCGCUGUAUCGACACCAGAGCUGUCAUCUCCGUUUCAUCCUAAAGACGGGCUCCAUUGCGGCAAACAAUGAUCCUGUACUCAACAUUUAUCAAGGGUCUUUGCUUUCACAUGCAGUACAAUUCGAUGCACAGCACCAUUAUUGCGACAUUGAACUCAACAUGCCGGGUGCGUAUGCUUAUCACGUCAGUUUUCAGCAGCAGCAGCAGCAGCAGCAGCAAGAAGAAGAAGAAGGGUGUCAACAAAAGACGAGCAAGAAGACAACGAGUGGCCAAUCGGGCUAUUUCGUGGUCGAGCCACGUUUGUACAACCAUCUCCCGCUUGAUGCCGUCAUGAUCCAAUCCAUUAUCCCGAAAUGGAUGGGCCCGCUCUCGCAAUGGCAACCCCAUAUCGAUCUGAUCAAACGCUCCGGUUACAACAUGAUUCACUUUGCUCCCAUGCAACAGCGCGGCUCGUCUGACUCGCCCUAUAGUAUCCAUGACCAGCUUUUGUUUGCCGACGACUUGUUCUCCAACGGUUCUUCUAAUACUACCACUCCAGUACAACCACCAUCGCCCGAGGAGCGCGUCCAGCUCGUGCGGUCUGUGCUGACUGACAUCCAGACUAAACAAGGGAUCAUGUGCUUGUCCGACGUUGUCUGGAACCACACCAGCCAUGACUCGCCCUUCUUGAACGAUCACCCAGAUGCAGGAUAUAAUCUCGAAAACUCGCCGCAUCUUGUGCCUGCGUAUGAAUUAGACACGGCGCUUUUAGAAUUGUCCCAAGACAUGGAAAAGCACGGUCUACCCAGGAGCAUAAGGACCGUGCAAGAUGUGGAUGCAGUCAUCACGCAUAUCAAAGAGUCCAUUUUCCCGCGCUUAAAGCUAUGGGAAUACAAGACAGUUGAUCCGUCCCAGUACACAGACGAGGCCAUAAAAGGCAUAGACCCGAUACCACCGUAUGAGCGUCCUCAGGACUUAUCGGACAUCGCCGACAAACCCAUUGAUGUUCUAGCAGACUUGUUUGCCAAACAUGCCAUCAUCCAAGAGGGCGGUCAACAGCAGCAGAAGCAGCAGCAGCAGCAACGACCCAGUAUCCGAGGUUCCAAAGCACUUGACUUGUCUCGUGCCGUUUCAUUCGUGCAGGCUGCCGCUGCUUCUGGUUCUGCCGCCCUUGCAGAGAUCGUUGCUGAUGCUGAGGAUGCGUCUGACCGCGUGACGAUAUCCGUUUUUAGAAAAUUGUUGAGCCAGUACAACCUCGUUCAGUACCAGGAGUAUGACAAUGACGUUGCGAUUGCAUUGGAGAAUAUCCGCUCACGCAUCAUGUAUACGCGUUUGGAUGAAAAUGGUCCGCGUUUGGGUGACGUGAGUGCUAGCGCCCCUCUUGUAGAAAGCUACUUUACCAGACUCGACAAUGCAACAGCACUGGCCAACAAUGGAUGGAUUUGGAACGCAGACCCCAUGCAGGAUUUUGCAGGUCCUGAGUCAUCGGCCUAUCUGCGCCGCCAAGUGAUUUGUUGGGGCGACUGUGUGAAACUGCGUUAUGGACAGUCACCCGAGGACAACCCAUGGUUAUGGAACCAUAUGCGGACCUACACGGAACAGGUUGCUUCGUUGUUCGAUGGCGUUCGAAUCGAUAAUUGCCAUUCGACUCCGUUACAUGUGGCCGAAUACUUGUUGAACGCUGCUCGUCGCGUACGACCCGACCUCUAUGUUCUCGCUGAAUUGUUUACGGGCUCACCCGAUAUGGAUCUUCAUUUCGUUUCACGGCUAGGCAUUCAUGCAUUAUUGAGAGAAGCCAUGCAGGCUUGGGAUCCGCAUGAAUUGUCGCGUAUGGUGCAUCGCCACGGUGGCAAGCCUGUGGGUAGCAUGGAUCAAGACCUCAAUUGGCAGGUCAUCACCCGUUAUAGGAACAACAAGACGAUGGAGCAAGAAGAAAAGGUGUUGAUGAUCCCCAUUGAACAUGCAAGUCCGCCACGAGCCUUGUUUAUGGACUGCACGCAUGAUAAUCAGACACCUUAUCAAAAGCGAACUGCAAAAGAUACAUUGCCUAAUGCAGCAAUCGUUGCAUUUUCGGAUUGUGCCACAGGCAGCGUCAAAGGCUACGAUGAGAUUUACCCGCGCUUACUCGACGUGGUUUCAGAAAAGCGUCUGUACUCGCCCUACUUGGACCAUCCGGUGGGCAUUGUCAAUGUCAAGGCGCAGCUCCAAAAGCUGCAUCUCAGCAUGUCGCUGGAAGGAUUUACCCAAGUCCACGUGCAUCAUGAAGGCGACUACAUCCUAGUGCAUCGACAACAUCCAGAGACGCACGAAGGAUACCUACUUAUUGCACACACCGCAUUCCCAAAAUCAGAUGGCGGGAUCAAGCCUAUCCGAUUACACAUGACCAAGCUAAGCUAUGUCUUUGGCGCAUCGUUGACUGUUGACGAUUCGGUCGAGCACGACACAAAGUACUUGAUGGGAUUCCCAGCGACUGUGACAGAUUUACCUGCGCCAAACUGUAUACAGCAAGAUGAUGGCUAUGUCACGAUCGACUUGCCCCACGACGUGUUUGUUCCUGGAUCCAUCUAUAUCUUUAAAACGUCGAUCGGCGAUCAUCUCGAAGAAAUCAAAAAGCUUGUCACAAACGUGCCUGACUCAGUGAUUGAGCCGUUGGAAUUGCUUGAUUGUAACGUAAUCUUGUAUCGUUGUGAAGGAGAAGAAUUGGAUGCAACAGGGGGUAGUGGCGUCUAUGACAUCCCCAACUGGGGAAAGCUACCUUAUGCCGGCCUAGAAGGAUUCAUGUCCAUCUUGCGACCGAUUAUUCGCGACAAUGAUCUCGGUCAUCCGUUUUGUGACAAUUUGCGCCAGGGACCCUGGGCUAUGGACUAUGUCCAGGAUCGAUUAAAAGCUUAUCCUCACUGCAAAAACUUGGUCGAUUGGUUCGCGUCACGGUUUUCAACAGUGCGAGAAAAACUGCCGGAUUUCUUGGUGCCCAAAUACUUUGCUAUGGCUGUCCAUGCCAUCUACCAGCGUGUGAGAGACCAUGCAUUAUCCAAAAUGUCGUCUCUUGUUUACAACAGCGUUGAUCCAUUCAUGCACCAACUGGGUCUCUGUACAGUCCAAAUGUACGGUGCCGUGCCUUCAACGAGCUUAUAUCCACGCACAACGACAGCUUGUCUCGCUGCUGGAUUACCGCACUUUUCUCAUGGAUACAUGCGCACAUGGGGCCGCGACGUGUUUCUUUCGCUUCGCGGACUUUUGUUGGUGACGGAUCAAUUUGAAGCUGCCAAGCAACACAUUCUUUCCUUUGCAGCAACGCUACGUCAUGGCGUUUUGCCCAACUUGUUGGACGCAGGUCGGUCGCCACGGUACAAUGCGCGUGAUGCUGUGUGGUUCUUUAUGCAGUCUGUUCAAGACUAUUAUUACAUGGCUCCCGACGGUCCAUCCAUCCUUGAAGAGCGCGUGCUGCGUCGGUUCCCGCAAGAUUAUACUUACGUGCCUGUAGAUCAAGGUUAUACCUGGGAGUGUAGCAUGGCUGAACUGGUCCAGGAGAUUAUGCAGCAGCACGCACAGGGCAUUCAUUUCCGCGAACAUAAUGCUGGGCCGCAGAUUGAUUCGCAAAUGAAGGACCAAGGGUUUAAUAUUGAUAUUACCGUCGAUUGGUCGACAGGUGUUCUCGUGGGUGGUAAUAUUUGGAAUUGUGGCACGUGGAUGGAUAAGAUGGGCGAGAGCGAAAAGGCUGGCAACAAGGGUUAUCCCGGCACACCACGCGAUGGUGCUCCUGUUGAGAUCACAGGGUUGUUGAAGAGCGCGCUGCGUUGGAUUCUACAGCUCAAUCGUAAUCAGUUCAAUUGGGAUUGCGUCAAAGUGGACAACAAAACGAUCACUUAUAACGAGUGGAACGAGUUGCUGCAAAAGAGCUUUGAGCGCGCCUAUUACAUCCCUAGUGAUCCUAGUCAAGACAAGGACCAUGAUGUGGAUCCAAACAUCAUUCACCGCCGGGGCAUUUACAAAGACGUCUACAAGGCCACUGAGCCAUACACAGAAUACCAGUUCCGUCCAAACCUAUGCGUUGCCAUGGUGGUUGCACCUGAACUCUUUGACCGGACCCACGCAGCCGAAUGUCUCAACCUGAUGAACAAGCUCUUACUAGGUCCAUUGGGUAUGCGUACGCUAGAUCCUGGAGACAUGCGCUAUCGCCCUUACUACAACAACGGUGAAGACUCGGACGAUUUCGAUACGUCCAAAGGCCGCAAUUAUCAUCAAGGGCCCGAAUGGGUAUGGCUCACUGGAUAUUACUUGCGCGCAGCAUACAAGAUGGGUACCUUGACCCCGCCUGAAAUUGCGCGUAUUCUGAGAGCCCACCGGGAUCAUGUUAGCUCAAGUGUUUGGGCAGGUCUACCGGAAUUGACAAACAAGGACGGCGAAACAUGUUGGGACUCUUGCUUUACGCAAGCAUGGUCAGCAAGUGGAUUAUUGGAUCUCAUGUAUGAUAUGCAACAAUAAAUUUUUCUCUAAUAUGGUU